UCGACGAAUCCUUUCCGUUGUGUCACGUUUGUUUUCGUUUCAAACAUUCGGCAGAUUCAACCGAACCACACAGGAAUCCUCCAAAAAUUACUUUAAUGCCGUGUUUAUCCGUAUUUCUUAGCACGUAGAAAAAUGUCCAUUUCCAUGAGUGUCCGGUACAUAGCGUAUAACUUCUUCAGCAGCUGGCAGAGUUUGCUGGUGCCGAGAAGUAUUCACUUAUCAAGAUAUCUUCUGCACGGCGAGUACGAGUGGCAAGACCCGAAAAGUGAAGAUGAAGUGGUCAACGUAACGUACAUCGACAAGGACGGCAAACGGACACCGGUCCGGGGCAAAAUCGGAGACAACGCACUGUACCUGGCCCACCGGUACGGCGUCGAGAUGGAGGGAGCUUGUGAGGCGUCUCUGGCUUGCACUACGUGUCACGUGUACGUGCUGGGCGAGCAUGGCGAUAAAUUGCCUCCCUCGGAGGAGAAAGAGGACGAUCUGCUCGAUAUGGCGCCGUUCCUGAAGGAGAAUUCCCGGCUCGGCUGUCAGAUCACGCUGACGAAGGAGCUCGAAGGGUUGGAGCUGCAGCUGCCGCAGGCCACGCGAAACUUUUACGUGGACGGACACAAACCAAAGCCGCACUAGUCGUUAAAUAGGUUCUGUGUUAGGAUAUUCUCAUUUGUUUUUGGUUUGUUUCAGAAUUAUUGAAACUGGAGCUUUAGCGAAUAGUUGAUUUACUAGGGGAAAUCUACCCUUUCCAAUCAAACACCUAUCUUCGUCAUAUGGAGAGUUUGAUGCUCGAUUAAAGCUCCAAAAAUACUAUUUGGGCUAUAAACUUACCAGCAACAGCACCGCCUCGAGUAAGCACGCAAAUGUAUGCCACUUACUGGCCAAAAAGAUCACAUUUAAUGCACUUUUGAUCAUAAUUUGUAUUUUGCGAGACCACUUCUCAUCAUUUUGUUGGCACACACAGUGACACACACGAGAAUCCCUCAAACGCUUAAUGAAUAUCGCCAAAAUUAACUUUUCACUUUCGCUUACUUUUUCACGGCGCUUAAGAUAUGAAAUUGCUUCCAACUACCGGCAACAUGUUCUUUUGAUCAUUAGUAAGGCACUCACUUGAAGAAUAAUCCCGAAAAAUGUAAUAAAUUAGCAAGCGCCAUCAAAAAAACAAACGCGCCAAGUCGUUUGACGUUUCAAUUUUCACUUUGCAUUCCAACCGAAGGCUGAAGAAAACCGAGCGAGAGACGAAGGCAAAAAAGAACAAAGGCUGGCCGUCAACACCACCAGCAGCACAGCCAGCGAUGCCAGGAAACUUUCCCUAUAAAUGCCACUUUUCGUGAGUGUUCGUUUGAACUGUCAGCGCAAAUGGCAACACUCGACAGAGUGUUGGAAGAAAAAAGAACUAAGCCGAUAUUAGAAAAAUGGGCGUGGCCCAAUGCAUUCGCCUCGAUUAGAAUACCAUUGGGAAUUUUUUUUUGUUAAAUGCUUGGUAAAGAAAUAGAAUAACUUUUAGUGAAAGUGAAAAUAAACAGAAAUGUUCACAAAAAC